CUCCCGCGGCAUGAGUUUCGCCGCCAUUUUGCACCAGACCUAUUGAAAAGAGUGAGAUAGCAGACACGGCGGGAUUUGGCCACUUUAUCCUCUUUCAAUACGUUUCCCUCUGGAUUUAUCCCAACACAAACCAAGAUAUAAUCUGACAGGGCUCGUGUCUCACAGCGAUCUCGACGAUCGAGCGAUUGAAGCUCUCAAAGAGUUCAACGAAGAAGGCGCACUGCAAGUCCUCCUGCAGUUUAAAGACAGCGACCUGUCGCACGUUCAGAAUAAAAGUGCCUUCCUCUGUGGAGUGAUGAAGACGUACAGGCAGAGGGAGAAGCAGGGGACCAAAGUGUCAGACUCUACUAAAGGACCAGACGAGGCCAAAAUCAAAGCUCUGCUGGAGAGAACUGGCUAUACGCUUGACGUGACGACAGGCCAGCGCAAAUAUGGUGGUCCGCCUCCAGGAUCGACCCAUGCCGGAGUGCAGCCCACCAUCGGCACAGAGAUUUUUGUGGGAAAGAUCCCGAGAGAUCUGUUUGAGGACGAGCUGGUCCCUCUGUUUGAGAAAGCCGGACCCAUCUGGGAUCUGCGUCUGAUGAUGGACCCUCUCAGUGGGCUGAACAGAGGAUAUGCCUUCGUCACCUUCUGCACUAAAGAGGCUGCUCAAAAAGCGGUCAAGCUGUGUAACAACAAUGAAAUACGGCCCGGUAAACACAUCGGCGUCUGCAUCUCUGUUGCCAACAAUCGUCUGUUUGUGGGCUCCAUCCCCAAGAGCAAAACUAAGGAUCAGAUCGUGGAGGAGUUUGCCAAAGUUACUGAGGGCUUGAACGACGUCAUCUUAUACCAUCAGCCUGACGACAAAAAGAAGAAUCGAGGCUUCUGCUUCUUAGAAUAUGAGGAUCAUAAAACGGCAGCUCAAGCCCGCCGCAGGUUAAUGAGCGGCAAGGUCAAGGUUUGGGGGAACGUGGUGACUGUGGAGUGGGCCGAUCCUAUAGAAGACCCCGAUCCUGAGGUCAUGGCUAAGGUCAAAGUCCUCUUUGUAAGAAACCUGGCGAGCACAGUAACAGAAGAGCUCCUGGAGAAGACGUUCUGUCAGUUCGGCAAACUGGAAAGGGUUAAAAAGCUGAAAGACUACGCCUUCAUCCACUUCGAGGAGAGAGAUGGGGCCGUCAAGGCUCUCGCGGAAUUGCAUGGGAAGGACUUAGAAGGGGAACCAAUUGAAAUCGUCUUCGCAAAGCCGCCCGAUCAGAAGAGGAAAGAGCGAAAGGCCCAGAGACAAGCUGCUAAAACUCAAAUGUAUGAUGAGUAUUAUUACUACGGCCCACCGCACGUGCAUCAGCCGACAAGAGCGAGGGGACGAGGUGCUAGAGGUUAUUCGUAUCCGCAUGACUAUUACAGCUAUGAGGAUUAUUACAACUACUAUGGCUACGACUAUCACAACUACCGAGGCGGCUACGACGACCCCUACUACGGCUACGACGACUUCCAGGCUCACGUGCGAGGAAGAGGAAACAGAGGAGUGCGAGUGCCCACACUGUCCCGAGGACGUGGCUCCAGCGUCAGCAGAGGACGAGCCGCUUUCUGCCAGCGCGGGGCUCCAGGAUCCAGCCGCGGGGGCCGGGGCUCCAGAGGAGGCCUCCAGCAGAGAUGCCGAGUGGGCAAAGGGGUCGAGGCUGGUCCUGACCAGGUAGUAUGAAGACUGACUUGUUGUAUGGGGUUACACCGGAUGCUUCCAGUGUUCAUAAGCUCACAGCAAACUCAAAGGUCCAAUGAUAUUCCAGCCUGUAUCGAAGCAUCUCUUAUACUGCCACUCCGACAAACACCCCUAAGAAUUCAAGUCGAUUUUUGGCCAUUUCGCAUUCGGAGCCCGUCUAAAUAAACCAAACCUGCUACUGCCCCCGGUUAAACAGCCCACGUUUUUGAACGCGAAGACUCUUAAGGAUCCCAAUAUACAACCGAUGUCUUUUUUUUUUGCACUUUUUAUUUUGUACUUCUGCGUUUGAAGUGGCUCAGAAGAGCUUGAUGCUGAUGUAUAUUUUUGUGCUAACUACACUUUUCGUUGUCGGAACGUCCCAUGUUAACCUAAAAUGUUUGGAUUUGCUUGAACAUCUGUGGGUCUUUGGUGUAACCGCCUCACGAAGACGAGUCAGGCAUUCCAGGAACGCUGUUCUUUUAAGAACUUGUCUUUUUUUUUUAAGGGUCGGUUAACUACCUCAGUAGACGAGGAUUCAACUACCCUGCCUGUACUGUAAAUAGGGACACUUAAAAAAUGAAAAAAAAAAAACAACAAAAAAACAAAAGCCAAGCAUAGGAGCAGGGCUUGUUUCUGAUGAAAUAUGCACAAGGGCAGCAGAACGUCUUCAUGUAAUAUAGUCAA